AUGGUGAAAGUGGCAAGCAGCAUACUCCUACCUCUUUUGGCGAGCCAUGUUUCGGCCGUGUCAAUUGAACAUGAGCAUACAACGAAGCGUCUUCAUCAUACAUCGCGACUAAAAAGAUACGUUGACGCUUUCCUGGAGCUGUUCAAUCCGGUUCCCCAAAUUUCGAAGAACCCGGAAAGGAUGCUCACAGAAGAGCAGCAGGCAUUUCUCGAGAGCUCAGCUGAUCCUCGCAACACGUACCUCGUGUGGCAAGGAGCAAUGAAGGUUGCGAAGGAAGCGGGUACUAACGCAGACUACGUAAAUCCAGAGAUUCUGCUGCCACGAGCACUGCAUCAAAUUGCUGCCGUUGAUAUUUCUCUGGCUAUGAAAACAAUGGGGAACCUUCUCGGCAUCGAGGACCAAGAUCGUUUCUGGAGGAAUUGCAUUGCCAACGGAAAAGAAAUGUGGAGAGGUCGUGAAGACAGCGUCAGCAGGCGUAGCCUGGCCUUUCUGGAAAUCGUUGAGUCUCUUUUUCAUGGAGCCGGAGCUCGCCUUUUACGAACCCGCAGCCAACGUGAACAGGUUAAACGAAAGCUAGACAAAAUAUCCACUGUUCACACGAAGCUAGACGAACUUCGUGGUCACGCACCCGACACUGAAGAAUUCCGCAGUCUUCUUGAAAAUGUGUCUAACCUCUUUCAGGAGCCCGAACAGGUGCGACGUGGUACACUACGGAUCCAUUUAGUAACUUAA